CUCUCUGCGGAAACCGAGCAGGCAGCCCAGCGCCAGCUCAGCGUCCGUCAGUCGAAUGCGAGUCUUUUUUCCUGCUUUCAAAUUUCCCACGGAAAGCGCAGGAACUCCCAGCGGCGCCGAGCGCGACGCCGAUUAGCUGCGCGCAGCUCAUUUGCAUUAACGUCAGUAAAGGCUGUAGGUCAAUCCUUGCGGGUGCUUUUAUUGGAUGUGCCGCUGUCAAGCAGUGCUGAAGAAUUGGAAGGGCAAACGCCAGAAAAGGCAAAGAAUAGACAAACAUAAAAUCAGCAACAUGUAGCUCGGUGCUGCCUCGCCUCCUCCCUCUUCAACCUGAAGUAAUCCUGCCGGACCAGAUUCAAGAUUCGAAACUUGUGGAGACGGCGCGGUCUUGUUUUUUUCCGAUUUUUUUUUCUCUGAGUGUCUCUCAAGCGAUUGCAUUCUCCAGAGGUGGUACCUCCAUAUAUUCCAGUCCCGACAGUCUCCACAUCCUUUAUUUGCUCCAGAAUGAGACAAAACGCUGGGGCUUGAUGACAUUGUAACCAACUGCACCCGGGUUUGGACCUCUUAUAUCAGGCGGAUCAUCCUCAACCGGUCAGCGGACGCGUAAAUGGAGAUUUUAAGCCAUCCAUUAAGAUUUCUCCGCUUCCCCAAUUGGAGAUAGAUGGAGUGUUCCGUCCGACUGCAUGGCAUUAUGUUUUACGUUGGGUUAUUAACGUCGGAACGAGCGUCCAGAAUAACACUCUGCAGUGUGAAUAUUUCAGCCUGUUGAUGAUGAACGACUCAGGACUGGAGCAAAGUGUCGUGAGAACCGGUUUAUGGCCCGUGUCUUGAGCUGAAGAAGGCAAGCUCAUUGUUACGGAGAGGGGGGAAGAAAGCAGCAUCAUUUUGAUGGCUCUGUGGUGGGGGUGGACGACUACAUAUGAAACCUUGGACACACAAAUGGAUAAAACUAUUGCGUGAAGCUGGCGGCGGUGGGGGGGGCUGCCUGCCUGUCUGUCUGUGUGCGCGCGCGCUCGCUCGUUCGUUCGCUUGCUUGUGCGUGUGUGUGUGUGUGUAUGUGUUUAGGCCUGCUACUUGAUAACAGUGAAGUUGUGGAAAUAUGAGAAAAUGGUGAUGUGGUACGACGAAGGCGAGAAGAGGAGCAGGGCUGAGGGAUAACAACGUCCAUGGGGAUCUGAGCAGCCCAGCUGAAGGAUAACGCAGUCCAAGUUUUGCAGUAUAAGACAGCUGCUUUUAUUAGAAAUCUCUAAUUAACUUCAUCUGAAAAACAGAGGGAGGAAAUCAGCUUCCAGGUCGGAGGGUGGGGGAUAGAGAGAUAUAUUAUUCAUGCCUUGUAUUAGAGAAAUUGGAGAACCGGCUUUGCUGUGGCCUAGAUAAUUGACAUAUUUAUAUAGAACCUUAGGAGCUUAAAAAGACAAAAAAGAACAAAACAGUGGACGAAUGACACUGGGAUAGCCUCAAAGUAAAGCUCUCACGCAAAAAGAAAAAGGCUGAAGUGGCGUUGAAGCAUGGGCUGUGCUUCAAGUAUUCAUAUCUCUGAUAGGGUGGUCUACCACAGUGGAAAAGAGUCUGAGGAUUCCCACUCACCCCAGCAGACUAACACCACUCAGCAUCAAGGAAAUCCUGCCUCAGGACUACUCCUCAAACCCCCGAGCUGCAAGACCACAUUAACAGAGGUGCAAUUUGGACCAAUGAAGCUAUUUAAAGACCCACUUCAGGUACUUUUAGUUUUUGCCAAAGAAGACAGUCAAAGUAAUGGCUUCUGCUGGGCGUGUGAGAAGGCCAACUUCAGGUGCAGCGUGGCACGAACACCCGAGUCGGCUCUUGAAUGCUUCUUGGAGAAGCAUCACGACCUUGUCAUCAUUGACCACAGACAUUCCAGACACUUUGACGCUGAAGCACUAUGCCGGUCCAUUAGAGCGACGAACUCUUCAGAAAACACUGUGAUAGUCGCCGUUGUAAAAAGGCCAGACAGAGAGGAAGCUUCUGUGAUGCCCCUCAUCAAUGCUGGCUUUAAUAGGAGAUAUGUGGAAAAUGCCAACAUUAUGACAUGCUACAAUGAGCUGCUACAGCUGGAGCAUGGAGAGGUGCGGGCGCAGUUCAAACUAAGGGCUGGAAACGCUAUUUUCACAGCUCUUGAGCAAAGCCAAGAGGCGAUAGAGAUAACAUCUGAAGAUCAAGUAAUUCAGUACGUGAACCCUGCCUAUGAAUCCAUCAUGGGCUACCAACAGGGUGAGCUAAUAGGGAAGGAAAUAAUAGAAGUGCCUAAAAGUGAGAAGAAUAAGCCUGAUCUCCUUGAAACGAUAAACUCCUGCAUUCGGAAAGGAAAGGAGUGGCAGGGGAUUUAUUAUGCCAAAAAGAAGAAUGGAGACAGCAUUCAGCAAAAUGUGAGGAUCACACCUGUAAUUGGACAGGGAGGAAAAAUCAGACACUAUGUGUCUAUCAACAGGCCUUUAAACGAUAAUAAUAGGAGUGAAAAAUCCAGUGAGCGUGUGCAGGCAGAGUCUCAAACAGACAUUCAAUCCAGUAAGCACAAAGACCGGAGGAAAGGCUCUUUGGACGUCAGAUCCACAACAUCUCGAGGGAGCGAUGGGAGCUCUCAGCGCAGGCACUCCUCCAUGGCCCGGAUUCACUCCAUGACUAUAGAAGCUCCCAUCACCAAGGUCAUCAACAUCAUUAAUGCAGCGCAGGAAAGCAGCCCCAUGCCUGUGGCAGAGGCUUUGGACCGGGUACUGGAGAUCCUGAGGACCACCGAGCUCUACUCCCCACAGCUGGGCACCAAGGAUGAAGACCCCCAUACCAAUGACCUUGUAGGGGGACUGAUGACAGAUGGUUUGCGCAGAUUGUCAGGGAAUGAAUACAUAUUCUCUACAAAACACCCCCAUCACAUCCCCAGUCACCUGACAACUCCUCUGUCAUUGAACGACAUCCCGCCUCGUAUCGCCCAGACCAUGGAGAACGAGGAUUCAUGGGACUUUGACAUCUUCAACUUGGAGGCUGCAACUAUGAAGAGGCCUUUGACUUACUUGGGCCUGAAGAUCUUCUCCCGCUUCGGGGUGUGCGAGUUUCUAAACUGCCCUGAGGCCACACUGCGCUCCUGGCUACAAGUGAUUGAAGCUAACUACCACUCUAGUAACUCCUACCAUAACUCUUCUCAUGCAGCUGAUGUCCUACACGCGACAGCAUAUUUUCUCUGUAAAGAGAGGGUAAAGCAAAGUUUGGAUCCCAUAGACGAGGUGGCGGCGCUGAUCGCUGCUACCGUGCACGAUGUGGACCACCCAGGCCGCACCAACAGCUUCCUGUGCAACGCAGGAAGCGAGCUGGCCAUCCUCUACAAUGACACAGCGGUGCUGGAGAGCCACCAUGCAGCACUCGCCUUCCAGAUCACCACAAGGGAUGAUAAGUGCAACAUCUUCAAGAACAUUGAAAGGAAUGAAUAUCGAACACUACGACAGGCCAUCAUUGACAUGGUGCUCGCAACAGAGAUGACAAAACACUUUGAACAUGUCAACAAAUUUGUCAACAGCAUCAACAAACCGCUGGCUGCUCUAGAGGAGAAUGGGGGAAACAAUGAUGAAGAGUCUGUCAAAAGCGUGCUGACAACCCCUGAGAAUCGCAUUCUUGUGAAGCGAAUGCUGAUUAAGUGCGCAGACAUCUCCAAUCCAUGUAGGCCUCAGGAGCUCUGUAUAGAAUGGGCUGGACGCAUUUCAGAAGAAUAUUUUGCACAGACAGAUGAAGAGAAGAGACAAGGUCUACCGGUGGUCAUGCCUGUGUUUGACAGAAACACGUGUAGCAUCCCAAAGUCCCAGAUUUCCUUUAUAGACUACUUUAUAACAGACAUGUUUGAUGCAUGGGAUGCUUUUGCAGACCUUCCUAAUCUUAUGCAGCACUUGGACAACAAUUUCAAGUACUGGAAAAGCCUGGAUGAGAGGAAGCUGCACAGCCUGCGGCCGCCUCCAGAGUAGCUGCUGCAGGGUUUGGUCCUGCGAAUCUGUAGUCCCCCCUUCUGCUGGGUUGUCUCCUCACUCUCUAGCAGCCCAACCAGCCAAAGGCCCUCCUCGCCUUCACUCUCCUGCUUCUGUAGCAAGCCAAGCAUCCACAUGUCCGUAGAUGGAGAAACCACAGAAGGACUUCCCAACGGGCAGUUACAGCAGAAAACACUCCUGGCUGAUAAAGAUUGUGACAAGCAGACAUGAACACACGUGAUCCUUAUAAACUUCUUGUGCCUCCCAGGCAAUUUCUGUGUAGCUGGUAGAUUGAUAUGACUGAGAGAGAGUCCUCACAUGCCUCCUGGCAAAGCAGCCAUCCCCUCAUCGCCACACUGGCUUUCCUGUUUGCCUGAAGUUGCUGGUUUGGUAAAAACUGUUUUUUUCUACUGAAGUGAAAAACACUAGAGUAAUGGAUCGAAGAGUGGUCUGGAUAUGAAUGUGUAAGGUCAACAUCAUCACCUUAGACCUCCAGCCCUGUGCUCCACACAAAGCAAGACUGCUCCUUCGGCCCAUGGAGGUCACGUUAUGAAAGAAUAAUUCACUGUUUUGGGGUAUUUUUUUUCUUUGUUUGUUCUUGGCAAUAUUUUCGUUAGUCCAUCAGAAACACAUCCAACUUGACACAUAGCUGUCACAAAAGUCAUGCGGUAGGGGCAUGCUUUGUUAUUUGCAUCUGGGAGUGGGUCCUUUAUUUAGGCCAAUGCUAAAAGAUAUAAAUCCUUAAUAUCAUGAUCAUAGAUAACUAAUUACAAGUGAUUUGGUAUGCAAAAUAUUUGGUAUGUUCCAUAUUUUCUAUUACAGAAUAAAUAAAUGAAUUAGUUAAAUAAAAACAACAAUUAAUUUAAAGAGAGAGAGAAAAGCCAAAGUUGAUGAAAACAAAUACUGCAACUCUCGAAGAAUUAUUAUUCAUUAGAAGCACCAUAUUACACGUUUAUUUUCAUAUCAGAAAUGCAGCACCAGUUUGAAUGAACACUUUUGUAUUGCACUGUAAACAAUAUUAUAAAUGUCUACGUCUCAGUGAUUUGUCCAGGGAUGGGCUGUUGCAUUGGAGAAUAAGCUGUUAUCGUUGAUCAUCAGGAGUUUAUGCGUGUGCGUGUGUGUGGGUGUAUUAAUUGUUGCAACAGUCCCUAACUCUUGGUUUGUUGCUGUAAACCGCUUGGCAUUUGACAACAGCAGAAAUAUGUGAAAAAAACAUUUUGGACUUGAAAUUUUUUUCCUCCCAGAAAUUUUUGUAUCUGGUUUAUCCUACUGAAAAGACUGCCUUAUUUUAUACAAUAUUUAUACAGUACAUCCCACUGUGCAACUGCAACAGACAUCUGGAGUUUUUAUUAUAACAUAGUCAGAAGGUUAUGUUCAAGUAAAUCUCGAUAUUUUUAUAGACAAUGAAUUUUACACUGGAUUUGCAGCAAAUGAGAUCAACCAUUCUAGCUAUCUGAAUACUUGUGAUUUGGAUGGCCACACGGAGCAUGUAGACAGAGAACUACAGUAAAUGGUUAAGAAUGAUGUGGAUCGCAGAGUUGUCUAUCACUGUCGUUAAACAGUCUCCUAGAGGGAAGCUUGCAUUUACUUUGUUUUGUUUUGUUUAGUUAGUUUUUUUUUUAAUCAGACACCAUUCUACUUUGGCCACUUGUCCGACACCUUUAUGCACAGAACCAUGGUUUCAGAUUAGGAUACUAAUAUAUGUUAAACAUUGUUGCUUAAUAAGAAUAUUUUGUCCUUAAACAGUAUAUAAAUGCCAUAACAGCUAAGCAAAUGAUGGUUAACAAGAUGUAUUGACCUCUGUUAUUUUUGUUUCUCUCUAAUGACAGAAUUGUUCACUCGAUCAGGGGAUUUGUUUUUUAUUCCUUCUGAUUCAUAUCUUGGUCUGAAGGCACGGAUUAAAAUUAGAAACUAUUCAAUGAAUAAUAAAAUAAUAUCAGUUA